AUGGCCCCACGCGCGCGCACACCAGCCGCCGACGUCGACAUGGCCGACGCCAACGUGACGACGUCGACGUCCUCGGUCGCCGACGCCGCGCUCGAGCUCGCGCGCGCGAGAAAUGGCUUGAGAGCGGCGCUCGAUCGCGCGAGCUCGCUCAAUCAUUUCCAACUUCCAGACGAGAAGACGCUGAGCGUGAGCGAUCUGUUGGAGUACGCUCGACGCAUAAGUUACACGACGUACGCGCCCGCGGGGUACGUCCCCGGCGCGCCGCUGUGCGGAGCGCUGCCACCGGCGCCGCAGGAGGAACACUUUAAAGCGUCAAAGUUGGCGGCGUACGCGGCGGAGAUGCGGGCGAGAGAGAAAGCGCGUGCGAGCGAGGCGGAGGCGAGAGCGCAGGAGGAGGCGCAGAGAAAGGCGCUCGAGGAGGCGGCUUCGAUCCCGCCGGAGGAGCUCAUCGCGCGAUUGGCGAAGUGGAAACCGGGAGAGCCGUGGCCGGAUGGAAUUCCACCGCCGCCGCCUGGAUGGAAACCGGGCGAUGCGCUGAAUUUCGACCUUCCGAGACGCGAGACGGAGAUCGGCGCGCUCGUCAAGCCCACGAACGCCGUCGCCGCGGUCAAGGCGGCUCCGCGCGCGGUUCCGUUCGUCUCGCUCGAUCUGAACCCGGACUUAGAUGACGAAGAUUUACGAUCGAUAUCGGACGACUUCGAGGAGGUGAGCGAGAGCGAUGGCGACGACUCGGAUUAA